GCGGCGAGGGCGCUGCUACCUCCUUCUCUCUCCUGGUCGCAGAGCCCGCCGGGCGCGAGGCCUCCCCAUGGAUUCCCAGAAAGAAGCUCUACAAAGGAUUAUCACAACUCUGGCAAGCAAAAAUGAUGAAAUUCAGAAUUUUAUUGAUACUCUAAAUCACACACUAAAAGGAGUUCAGGCCAACUCUUCUAGCAUACUUCUAGAAUUAGAUGAGGAAUUUGAUGGUCUUUAUUCUAUAUUGGAUGAGAUGAAAGAAAGUAUGACUAAUUCUAUCAAGCAAGAACAAGCUCGUAAAUCACAAGAACUGCAGAGUCAGCUUAGCCAAUGUACCAAUGCCCUGGAGAAUUCUGAAGAGCUGCUAGAAUUUGCUUCAAGGUCACUAGAUAUAAAGGAACCUGAAGAAUUCUCAAAGGCUGCCAGACAGAUCAAAGAUAGAGUCACAAUGGCUUCAGCUUUUCGCCUUUCUUUGAAACCAAAGGUCAGUGAUAACAUGACUCACCUAAUGGUGGAUUUUUCUCAGGAAAGACAGAUGCUCCAGACUUUGAAGUUUCUGCCAGUUCCCAAAGCUCCAGAGAUAGAUCCAGUAGAGUGUCUGGUAGCUGACAAUUGUGUAACAGUUGCUUGGAGGAUGCCAGAAGAAGAUAAUAAGAUUGAUCAUUUUAUACUAGAAUACAGGAAAACAAAUUUUGAUGGACUUCCACGUGUAAAGGAUGAGAGAUGCUGGGAACUAAUAGAUUACAUUAAGGGCACUGAAUAUACACUAUCUGGCUUAAAGUUUGAUUCAAAAUAUAUGAACUUUCGAGUUCGAGCUUGCAACAAGGCGGUAGCAGGAGAGUAUUCUGAUCCAAUAACAUUGGAAACCAAAGCACUUAACUUCAAUUUGGAUAGCUCAUCAUCCCACCUGAACUUGAAAGUUGAAGAUAACUGUGUAGAAUGGGAUCCAACUGGAGGAAAAAGUCAAGAAAAUAAAGUGAAAGGAAAAGAGAAUAAAGGCAGUGUCCAUGUUACUACACUGAAGAACAAUAAAAGAAGUGGUACACCAUCACCUAAACGGACUUCAGUGGGCUCCAGACCAUCAUCUAUGAGAGGCAGCAGAGAUCGUUUUACUGGUGAAUCAUACACAGUAUUGGGAGACACUGCCAUUGAAAGUGGACAGCACUAUUGGGAAGUCAGAGCCCAGAAAGACUGUAAAUCCUACAGCGUGGGACUAGCGUAUAAGACCCUGGGGAAGUUUGACCAGUUGGGAAAGACAAACACUAGUUGGUGUAUCCAUGUCAACAACUGGCUACAAAGCACCUUUGCAGCAAAGCAUAACAAUAAAGCCAAAGCUUUAGAUGUGGUUGUUCCUGAAAGGAUAGGAGUGUUUUGUGAUUUUGAUGGAGGUCAACUGUCCUUCUACAAUGCAGCCUCAAAGCAAUUAUUGUAUUCUUUUAAAACAAAAUUUACACAACCAGUGCUCCCUGGUUUCAUGGUCUGGUGUGGUAGACUUUCUUUGAGUACUGGAUUACAGGUUCCAAGUGCUGUGAAAACACUACAGAAACAUGAAAACGGAAUGAGUGGUUCAACUAGCAGCCUGAACAAUGCUAUGCAGUAAUAUCACCUCAAGAAAUGUUUACUUCUAUUUUUAUUUUGGUAUUUUUUUCUGUGCAGUUUCUAAUCACAGAUGCUUAUGAGCAAUGGAUUAACCAUUUGGAUUUGCUGCCCUCUGCUGCUUUUAAGGCCUUGAUACUGUUAACAUUAAGCUUCUGGAAUGAAGUAUUAGCAGGAACCUACUGUGAAAUCCUAUAGAAGCAGUUAUAAAUAUUAGGGAUUGACUUUCUGAACAAUAGGUGAAGGUGAAAAUGACAGUGUCUUUUUAUUUUAGAAGAAAACUGAUUUUUAGUUUUCUGGAUAUUUUGUUGGUUCUUCUAUUUGUUUAUACAUAGGAUUCCAAAGGCAGGAAUAGCCUUGGUUAGGAAGGUUUACUACUUAAUUGACAAAAAUAAUUUUUCAGCUUUCCUAUGCUUUUCUUUUCUUAAUUUUGUGAUUCUUCAGAAAAGAAAGACUUUUAGUUCCCAGACUGAAGCUUUAAACAACUUUCAGCCCUUAUAAGUUUUAUACUGUUUGAGACUGUUGAGAAUGCCAAAAAGACUCUUCUACAAUAACUUUAACAUUUUUCCCCCUUAAUUUGGAAAUGAAUAGGGUUUUGGCUUUUUUUCUUCUUGCUUUAUAUGUUGAAUAGAUCAGGCUCCUCUUCCUUCCCCUUCUCUCUUCUUUGUGUAUCUAUCCAAACUGGCACAAUGCUAAGAGAAAAUUUACAUUUUUCUUGUGACUUGACCCAGAUUGGACAGGUGUUUAAGAGAUUUCAUUUUGCACUAGUUCUUAUAAUCUUCUACAGGGAUUUUCCUUAUCAUGCUAUGAUGUUCAACUAGACUUCCUUUUGUAGGUCAAUUUGGACAAUGGAUGGUUUUUUAAGGGCUUUUACAUAGUGUUUUCUGAUAUUUCCUACCUAAGUUAAAUCUGUAAUAAAUUUGCAAUUGGAUUUUGAGGUAUUUUAUUGAUUUAAGGUUUUAUAGUAAGGUUAAAACAAUGUAUUAAACUUUGCAACCCAUAAAACAAAAUUAUUUGUAAAGGCCAUUCUAGUUCAAGCUUGUAUAAAAGAGGAGAGAAAAAUUAAUACAGAAAGUGCUUGCCAUUCAUUCCUUUAGGAAUGCUGUACUUAUUGUUUUUUUUACUAAAAUUAUAUUUACAUGUGUUCACUAAUAAAAUAUAAGUGGCCUGAAAUAGUUUGUAAAAAGAAUCCACACAUCUCUGAAACAAUUUGUACCUCUAAUUAUUUCAAAUAAGACAGCUUAGAGACAAUUUUGGUGCAAAUUCUUUUGUUCUUUAUAAUCUAAAGUGGGUACAACUCUUCAAGAGUUUAUGUACACUUAAUGACAGCAUAUUGAACACUGAAUAAAAAGUAUGUCCAGUGAGGGCAAUAAAAAUUAUAAGACAAAGUAAACUUGAAAUAUAAGUCCCUUGGAAUUAAACAAAAAUGGCAGUAAAUGAAAUAGUAUAUGAACUUUUUUUAACCACUUAAAAACCUGAAUAUGUAUUUUCCCUGGUUUUGAAAUGUUGAUUUUUUUAAACUUUUAUUCUCAUUUCAAAUAUCUUAGGGUGUUAGAGCUUCUCCCCCAGGACGUUACCUUCUAUUCUUUAAAUUCCUUUGUGUUGAUCACUAGAGAAAGCAUCAUGAUGCUUUACAUAUAGUAUUCUCUCAAUAAAAGCAUAGUACUUACAUGCAGGGUGUUCUGUUUUACUCUCUAUACAAUGAAUGUAAAUGAAGGAUAUUAUUCUGUCUAGUUAUGUAUAGUAGUAAUAGAAGAUAAUAUAUAUAUCUGACCUGAUGUCAGAUGGUUUUAAGGAUAGAUAAUAGUUGAGCAUGAGGAAGACAAGGAUAUUUUAAAAUGUGAACAUAGAUAAUGCUAGUUCUCAAAGCACUUUUCUUCUGGUUUCUUUCCAUUUCUUUUGGCACAAUUUGAAAAGAAUGUACUAUGCUUAACUUAAUUUUGAGGGACUACAAGAGAACUUUCGAAACAACAAAGAAUUCAGUUUCAUUUGCCAAAAGCAAACCCUAAAACAAAAAUCCAUUGGUCAAUCUGUUGUUUAUGGCAGUGGCUAAGUAGAGUGUGUCUUGGUAGUUAUUAUACAGAAAAAGCCAAAAAUUCUUUUCUGAUUUUUUUUACAAGAAUGUCUCAUUAUGGUGAUAUCAUCUGGCUAAUUCAGUGCCUUCUAAAUUUUCCCAGUGCCCCACACAGUUUUAACUGAUAGUACUCAAACCAGGGAACAUUUUGUUGUAUUGCUAUAAGGACUUUUUUAAAGGAUGGGAAUGGGGAGAAGGAUUCAGUAUUUAAGGUUCUUGCAUGUGUUAAUGUCCUCAUCUUGACACUCUUCAUAUCAAAAUCAUUGAGAGGAGAAUCUUAUAAAUUUCCCUGGAAAAAGUUUACUAUUGAUAAAAACUUGUAUAAUAUCUAAUAUCUCAGAGGAUUUUUUAGUAAGAAAAUGAAUUUCGUAAAUCCAGUAUUCUAUUUCUCCCCUCACAUGUGGAACACUUCCUAUUAUUACCUCUACUAUUACCAUAAAAUGUACAGUUAGGCUUUUGCUAUGCUUUUUUUAAAAAUUAAAUUUGAAGUCCAGAAUGUGUCUGUAUGGAUCUUCUAUGAGUUCCUUUUCAGAGCUCCUUUUUAAAUUGUAUGCUCAUUCUGGUCUUUAUUUUGAAAACUGAAACAAGAUUGAUUUCUAUAUUGGAAAUGUAUGGGAGAUGAACCGAAACUAAUAUAUGAGGCAUUACUAAAUUAUGUUAUUUUGGAUCUCUUAGCCCCCUGAACUUUUAAAUCCUAUUUCUGUUUUUAAUAAACUAGAGAAAGAAAUGAAGGAGUUGCCUUAAGCACUUUAGAUAAGAACAUUUUUAGAUUGAAAUUUGACACUCUGACCUAUGUUAUAUGAUUUCUAACUCUAUGUGCAAGUAUAUUCCUGUGCAGUAUUUCAUAAUUAUUUGUGUUUCUUGCACUUUGUGAGUUAAUAUAAAUUGUUAAAGGAUGCUUUAGAAGUUCCAGAUGCUAGAGAAUGAAUAAAGGCACUAUUGAGGCAUAUCUUUCUGGAGUUGGGAUUUAUUGAAAGUCGUUAUACUGUUUGGACAAAUAAACUGACCGGCAUUAUUUGAGUAAAGCUGGGAUUGGUCAGCUUGAAUACAGUAUGUAAGCAGCAUUGCUUUUCCAGGUGUGAUUGUCAAAAGUGACAAAUGAGUUUGCUUUUAUUUACCUAUUUACAGAAUUAAAGCAUGUAUAAUGUCCUGUGACUUUCCUUUUGUGUCUAAUCCUAGGUGUUUAAAAAAAUAAAUGAGGAUAAUUAUUUUUAAUAUAACAAUUUAGAUAAAGUUAAUGUUUUAUCUCAUUGCUUUUAUGCUCCACUUUUCACUCUUUUUUCUGUAAAAUGAGUUAUUGGUUAAUUUCUCUUUUAA